CAAGGGCAAGUAAUGUACAUAAAAUAAGAAAAAAUUAAGUCAAAUGACAUCAAGUCUUUAAAAAAGUGCUAAUCAAUUGUAAACUUUUCGUAAAAAUUUAGUAGAACAAAAAGGAAAAAAUUAUAAUCAAAUAAUAAAGGUUUAUUUAUGCAGUUUAAGUAUUGGGAAGACAAGCAUCUUCAACAAGGUUCAAAAGAAAUGUCAAAAAUCAACGAAUUAAGCGAAGACCAGACACUUACUGGCAGCUUUGAAGACAAGCCAAUCUUUAAGUCAAUUUUCACAAUAACUCCUGUGUUUGACAAUACUGAAAAUGCCAAUCCUGCUAAAAUAGAUGAAAUAUUGACUAAAGUUGCUGAGAAGAUUGAAUCAAAUCAAGUGAAAAUUGUUGAAAAUAUUAAAUCAACUAGUUCAAAUGACUUUAAUAUCCAAGGAUUUUCGUAUGAAGUCAACAUCAAACUGAAUAAUUCUAGGGAAGAGUUGCACGAUUUAACUCAUUUUGAGUCAAUUGAGACUUUAAAUGGCAGAAAAGAUUGUGGAGAGAAAUUCAAAAUUGCACCUUCAACAAACAUAAAAUUACCAGACAAUUACCCAAAGCCAUCAAAACCAGCAAAAAAGAUGACAAAGCCAAAAAAUAAGAAGAGCAAAUGCCAAAAAGUGUGCACAUGCUGUUGUUUUAUUAUGUCCUGUAUUUUAUAGGAUCAAAUUCUAAUCUGAGAUUACUAGAAUAGCUUAAAACUUAACAUCAGACGCGCAGCUGGGUAUUGAUAGGGAAUUGAGUGACAAAUCCUCCUACAUUGACAGAAAUUUUUUUCAUUUUGCUAGGGUUCUUGUGAAAAAAUCCUAACACCCCUCCCCUCCCAUAAAUUUUGUCUAUUCAAUUCCUGGCUACGACCUUGCUCAACAUUGAUGAUUGAAAAAUAGUAUUAAACAUAAUAAUUAUAUGAACCGACAGCACUGCAAUGCUAACCGUCCCGUCAUAUUUUACAGGUUAGUUCAUCUUUAAGACAAUUUUCUCAUUUAUUGAAGCGACACUUAACUAAAUAAAAAU